GUAUGGGGUCUUGAGCUGUCGACCUUUCUGUCCAGUUCCAAUGCGCCAUGAUCAUAUUGUUCGGCUUGCUGGCCAGUGCAUCUGCACAAGGGCACAUUUGGUCAGCCAAAUUAUGCCCAGAGCUAUACGAUGCCAACGGUAUCUGGAAGGGCUCGUUGAUGGUUGGAGGGAAUUACACCCUCUACUGUGCACCAGGCUUUGAAGUUUCUGGUCAGCCAGGUGGUAGCAGUAGGUCAAUGACCUGCCCUGACAGCCUCAUGUGGCCAUCAGAACUGUACUGCAAGAAUAUUGAUGACUGCGCCAAGCUUAAGCAUGGCUGUGGAGCUUUAGGUCUUUGUUUAGACCUCAUCGGAAGCUACGAUUGCAAUUGUGAAAAUGGUUUCUUCCAACGCCAUAUGCUGGAUGGUGAGAUCGUUUGUGGGCCCGAGGGCAUUGAUGAGCAGAUCUGCCGCGGCUACACAUGCGGAGCAUAUGGGGUUUGCAUCGACCUUGUGGGCAAUGGCACAGGCUACGAGUCUGUGAAGGCUCGCUCUUUGGAUGAGGGAACCUUCCGCUGCGAGUGCCGAGAUGGCUUCUUUGACAACGGCACCAGCUGUGAACACCAGGACUGUGGUGCUAAAACCGAUGCUCUGGGCGAAUGGCAAGGGAACACAAAGUUUGGUGGAGAGUACACCUUGCGCUGUCCCCUUGGUUCGUUUGUUUCGAGCGGGGCACUGCGAGAGAUCACCAUCUCGUGUCCCGCAAAUGGGCAAUGGCUGGAAACCAAUUUGCUCUGCGUGAGUCCCUCAGAUGAGGAGACCAAAAGUCGAAUGGCCACCAUGGAGAUUUGGUUUGACAUGUCAGCAGUGCUGCUUUGUGUCCUUUCAGCCGCUUUGGCUGCUGGGCUGACGCUGGGUUUGGCAACGUUGGAGCCUUUUGGCCUACAGGUAAUCCUGGCAGCGCGGCCAGAGGACUGUGUGACACAAGAGGAGAGAAGCAAGUUAAAGCUAGAACAGCAGUGCGCAUCUCGAAUUUUGCCACUAGUCAAGGACCACUGCUGGCCAUGACAUGCAGAGUUAAACUUGCUAGUCCUUGACUAUUUCCAAUUUCUAUAUACAACCAGCUUUCUGGAGAGUUUUAAGUUUGCAGCAGCAAAGUCAUGGAAUUUGCUUAUGUUCAAAUGUCGAGACCAACCAACAGUGCC